AGAAACAGCUUUUCAUCAUUCAUUCUCAACCCAACCGAACCAAACCCUCAUUUUCUCUCUUUUUUCUUGUCUGUGUCAAACAUGACGAUGAUGGCGGGUUUCCUGUGGAGGGCAAAGACUGUGGGCCGAAUCCCGUCGCUGGCGGUGGCGAUGCGGCGGAGGUCAAGCAAGGCGGGGGCGUCGCAGGUGGUGGAGGUUGACAUGGCGGAGUACGACGUGGCUCUGAAGCACUUCGAUGACCUAAUCCACCGGAUCCUAGUGAAGAAGGCCACACCGGACUGGCUACCCUUCGUGCCCGGUUCCUCCUUCUGGGUCCCGCCGCGACCAUCGCCCACCAACGUCGUCGACCUCGUUCACAAACUCACCCGCGAAGACGACCGUCCCCAUGAUUCCCCUCUCCUCUCCACCCUCCGCGGUUGGCCCUCAUCGAAUUUCUUCAUCAAUGAGAAUGAAUCUAGUGAUGAAGAUGAUACUGAGAUGGAGGUAAGUAGCACAGAUGGGAGAGAGAGGACUGUGAAAGUGAAGGUUUUGACAUUUUCAGAAAAUGUAGCUCACUCAGAAGAUGAAGACAGUUAAUUCAUAAUUGAGCUGAGCCAGUUGCUGCGGAUUUUCGUGAUGCAAACUAAGGUUGUUGUUGUUGAGAAGUCCAAAAAAAAACAUGGGAGAAAGCACAGACUGUGAAUACUGAAAAGGACAAUGCGUUGAAAUUGAAAUUCCUUAAGGCGCAGAACUGGUGGUUCUUUUGGGAUUAAACUCAUCUCACUCUACUUGGCUCAACAUUGAUCUGUUUAUGCUGAAUAUUUGCAAUGUUAGGUUGAAUCCUUGCAGGCUGAAUGUAUAUAUUUAUCAAACUAAUAAAAAAUAGACCUUUAGAACAUUUCCCCCUCUAAACCUGCAAGGAAAUGCUCUAUUUAGUGCACAUAUAUAUUAUUAUGUUGAUUAUGCUAAUGUGUAUAUAUCUGUAAUAGACCUUUCUUUGUGGUACAAAAUUGCAAUAGACUUCAUGGGGAACACUUUAAAAGCUUCA